AUGCUUCAAGAAGAAGCUCUCCUAAUUGCUGAAAAAUUAGGAAUCAUUGGGUUUUCUGCGUCGAACGGCUGGUUAGAGUCAUUCAAGAAACAGCACGGGAUUUGCAACAAGUCAGUGGCAGGAGAAGAAGCCGACGUUAGAACGGAAACUGUUGAAAGUUGGUGUGAAAGAGCAAGGGAAAUUACAAGAGGAUGGAAACCUGAAAAAAUUUGGAACAUGGAUGAGACUGAAGCCUUUUGGCGGGGAUUACCUGAGAAAACCCUGAGUGAAAAAGGGAAGCGUUGUAGCGGUGGAAAAAAAGCAAAACAACGGAAUACGUGGGCGUUUUACGUGAAUGCUGCUGGGGGAAAGGAAGACCCUAUCGUAAUUGGAAAGUCUGAAAAGCCUAGGUGUUUCAAGAAACUGAAAGAUGUAAAACGUCCAUAUAAGUGCCACUACUUUUCAAACAAAAAAGCUUGGAUGAACUCUGAAAUAAUGAACUCUGUUCUAUCGAAGUUGAACAAACGCUUGAUCAGGGAGAAGAGAAACAUUAUUUUGUUUAUGGAUAACGCGCCAUGUAAUCCUCCAUGUUUUGAAGGGAAGUUUCCCAACAUCAAAAUUGUAUUUUUACCGAAAAAUACAACAUCCGAGACCCAACCUCUGGACGCUGGGAUCAUCGCUAACUGGAAGAUAAAGUACAAAAGCGACUCCUCCGAUAUGUAUGCUCCAGAGCAGAUGGAUCGAUUAACGCAUCAGAAAUAG